CGAUGCUUCAACCCUACGGUGCCGCGGGGCCGAGCGCCCGUCGACCACGGCCCUGCUGCCGGGCAUCGCUCAGCCUCACAGGCACAACCACACAGCAGCACCGCGCGGCGCCGCUGAUUGGUCUCCGAGACGUCUCCCUGCUGCGUGUACGUCGCAGCGAGGCGGAAGUGCGGCGCCUCUCUCCAAUUCCACUUCCGGGGGAAAAGCAGAAGUGCCAAUAGCGAUAAAGAACAGGAGGGCGGGCGGGAAGAGACGUCCAAUGAGCGCGGGGCGACGGCGCGCGAUGAGGCCGCCAUGACGCGGAGCUGCUCGGCGCUGGGCUGCAGCGCUCGCGACAACGGGCGGAGCCGGGAGCGCGGCAUCUCCUUCCACCAGUUCCCGGUGGACGCCGCGCAGCGCCGCGAGUGGAUCCGCGCCGUCAACCGGCUGGACCCGCGAAGCCGGCGUGCCUGGAGCCCCGGACCGGGGGCCAUCCUCUGCUCGCGGCACUUCGCCGAGGCCGACUUCGAGCGCUACGGGCUGCGGCGCAAGCUGCGGCGGGGGGCUGUGCCGUCCCGCUUCCCCCUGGCGGAGCCGCCCCGCGGCCACCCGCGAAAAGUGCCGCUGCGGAGCGCGCUGCGGAGCCAGGACCACACGUACAGCCGCAGCGGGGCAGGGCCGGCCUCGCCCGCCGCCGGCCCCCGCCGCCUCUGCGGGCCCGUCCGGAAGCUGGCAGCGCGCCGCGGGUUGCCGCGGGCCGCGCUGCGGGUGCUGCGGGCGCUGUUUCCAGAUCUGCCCCGUGGUGCCCGGCGCUGGAGGCGGCCCGCCGAGUAUUGCCCUGCCAUGAGACAGUUCGCCUGCCUGCUGCACCUCCGCCACCGCGCCGCCUAUGAGCAGCUGAGGAAGGUUUUCCCCCUGCCGCAUCCCGCCAGCCUGACCAACUGGCUGUCUAACGAUGCUGCAGCUCCAGGCUUCAGCAAUGAUAUGUUCGUCCAGCUUCAAGAAAAGGUGGAGAGAGGGGAACAGGCCUACUGCUACUGUACCCUGAUGGUACAGGAUAUGUCCCUGCAGAAGAGCCAGGAGUGGGACCAGCAGACCCAGCACCUGACUGGCUUUAUUGACUUGGGAGCAGGCAGCCUUGAUGCUGAUGAAGCUCCGCUGGCCUCAGAAGUGGUAGUUGUCAUGGCAGCCGGUAUCUCAAGCCCUUGGAGGGCUCCCCUCGGCUACUUCUUUGUGAGCAGCGUGACUGGUUGCCUGCUGGCUCAGCUGCUUCGUCAGGCCAUCAGUAAACUGAACAACAUUGGUGUCACAGUGCUGGCCGUGACAUCGGGUGCCACCGCGUGCGGGGCUGAGACGGCGAGAGCUCUGGGAGUCAGGAUCAACCCCCAAAGGAUCCGCUGUGCUUUCCAUCACCCGCCCAGCUCCACUCACUGCAUUGCAUACUUCUUUGAUGUUUGUCACGCUCUCCGGUUGAUAAGGAACACACUGCAAUACUUCCAGAAGAUACAGUGGCUCAGUGACACUGUGCAGUGGCAGCAUGUGGUGGAGCUGGCAACUUUACAGGAGAAAAAGCUGUUAGGGCCCACAUCAGGCCAUCCAGAGAGCAAAGAGACUUGCCAGCUAAAGGUCAACCUUGCUGCCCAGUUGUUCAGUGAGGGCGUUGCUGAUGCACUGGAGCACCUCCAGAAGCUGGGCCUGGCCUCAUUUCAGAACUGUGGUGGUACAGUCAAGUUUCUGCGUACGAUGAGCCGUCUGUGUGAUGUAUUUCAUGGCAGAGGUCCCUAUUGCAGUGGACUGAAGGGGCCUUUGCUAGCUGGAAAUUACAACAAAAUCAUCCCCCUCUUCCAUGAGGCCAAGAGCUUCUUUGUUACCUUAACAGACUCUACAGGGAGAUACAUUAUUAAGAGCAAACACAGACUGGGCUUUCUGAGUUUUUUGCUCAAUGCUGAGAGCCUCAAGUGGCUUUACAGCAACCCUGUGCUUCAAGAGGGUGCUCCUUCUCACCACCUCCUGACCUCUGCCUUCAGCCUUGAGCCGUUGGAGCAGUUUCUCUGGGCUCUCCGGCAAGCCUGCAGUGCUGGCAGUGGGAACCCCACCUGUGCCAUGUUUCAGGCUGCCUACCGCAAAGUGCUGGCUGGCUGCAGCCUGGCCCCAGACACUCUGCACAGCACAGCAAGUAUAAGCAGCUUGGACUUGUCCCUGUCUCACAGGACAGACCUUACCCUUGGCAGCAUUUGUUCUCAGUAUAACCCAGCUCAUAGGCCGAUGCUGGCAGCAGAGCUCCCUUGUGCUGGCCUUCUUUUGCGUGACUCUCCUCUGAGCAAUGCACUUACAGACCUAUCACUGCACAAGCAGAGCAUCACCUUUGCUGCAGGCUUAGUUGCUGAGCAGUUAGCCUCCAACUUGCGAUGUGAGGCUUGUGUUGCAUCCCUCUUUGAGUCAGAGAGCAGGCUAAGGUGCGGAGCAGUGCUCUACAUCAAGAAGUUACACGGACUAAGCCUGCCCUCAGCAAGCGUGCACCACGUGGCAUACAUUUCUGAACAAAUCCUGAGCAGGCACAGACAAUUGGGAGAUAACAACAAGAACUCUAAGUUACAUUAUUUGUCUCUAGAACAGAAAAUUUUCCAUGAGCUUCUGGGACAAAAUCACCUCUUCCCUACCCUUUCUGAGCACCUAUUUGAGGGGGAAUUGCACACUGACAAUCACUACUCAAUCUUAGUGAAGGGAAUAGCAGAGUGUUACUUAAACAUCAGAACAAACCAAGCCCAAAAAUUGAACUUCAGUUACCACUGUGGCAGGCACAGAUUGAAGAAAGUGAAGGGAAAGCAUUUGUUCCCAUCACAGCUAGGUAGCUGUUGGUCAAGCCAAACCCAUGCAGGAUCAUGAAUAUUUAUUGCUGUCCUCCAGCUCAGUGGCCAGAUCCAUGCAAUAGGUGCCCAGCAAACCACAUGGUGUCUUUCCAUGAUUUGCCAUGCAAAACUAGUGUUGACGAGUGAUGAGCAAGGAAGUCCAUCUAGCAACCCUGUGAAGCAGCCACGUAUUUCGUGCAACUCAGGGCAAAUCAGGAUAGGAAGCAGUUGCUUAAAAUGCCUGGGGAGGUGGCAAGGGACAGCAUGGUGUCUGCUCCUGAUGCUGGCUAGCAUAGUGCUGUGAGUGCUCUUGCUAGGAGAAAAGAUGCAUCCAUAUUUGCAAGGGGCAGGGGAGUGGUGUGCUGCUAACUCGAUUUUACCAUUAGCAGAUUUGUGAAUAAAUCAGCUGGAACUAAGAGACUCUAAAGGGAAAAUGCUUAAAAACGGAAAUAAAUCAUACGGAAACAAAAUGGGACUUGAGUUGUACAUAGAGCUGAUGAGCCAGGCAUGCAAGCUCUUUAAGUCUAGAACUUGGUGAAGAGAGGACUACAGCAACUGCAAAGUUGAACCCAUGCGUCUCACAAACGAGGUAGUGGAUGUGAAGCAAACACUUGUCAUUCAAGGCACAAGGGCAGUGCUACUUAAUCACUUGUGCAGGAGCACCACACAUCUAUGUACACGCAUGCUGCAGCACGGGGAGUGUUUCAGGUCCCAUACAUGGCCCCCAUGAGAUCCCCCCAGUCACUGUGCAGCACAACCCUUCAUCCUAGAGCUGGUGUUCCAUCUGGUCUUGUACCCUGAGCUGCAAGACAGGUCUGUCUCAUCCUUAGACACUGUUUUCCUUGAACAAAGCAAUAGGCCAGGUUUCUUCAAUCGGUUCAGUAUUGUGGUGAGGAAGGUGCCUUGGUGUGCUGCGUUUUACCUCCAACAGGAAUUUCGUGUAACUCAUUGCACUGCUCACUUUUUGCUACACAGAACAGAGGUUGCAUCCAUGGAAAUAGGAGGGUAGUAUUUCCCACACAACUCUCUGGCUCUCCAGUCCAAUUACCCAUGCAAAAAGCCAUCACUAACUGCCACAAAACCAGUUCAGCCAGAAUACAUUUUGCGGAAAACAUCUGCCCUCAUACAUAUGCGUAUAGAAAAUGCUUCCAGAAUCCCUAUGGUUGGUUAAGCUGCGUGCUACUGCCUUUGAGUUAGAAUAUUUGCACUGCCUAAACCUCCAGCCACAAGAUGAGAUGAGUCACAGGGGAGCAGGCACUUCCUUGCUGCUUUUUUUUUUUUUGGCUGGAUAGUUGCCUGCUACCACUUCCUGUUUACAUCAGAGUGAGUCUGUCUUGCUUGACACAGACUGAGCCUUCUCCCCAAGGGGAUGCUCGUAGACAAAAAAUGUGAAAGACUCUGACCUCCGGUGAUGCCCAUGACCAACGUAGUUCAUCCAUCCUUCUGCACUUCACUUAAAUAUUGAUGAAAGAGUUUUCAAAACACUGCUGAAGUUUCCCAGGGUUUAGCAGAAUUAGGCCUGAGCAAGAAGUACAUAUUAGAAAACAAACAAACAAAGAAAAACAAGUUGCAGUUACCAGAUAACCUAAGAAAGCCAUCUGAUAUUCAGUGUAAGCUUGACAGUUGUUACAGGAGUCCUGUAUAAAUUAAACAUUCAUUUCCAAAAAUACAGAGCAGCUGUUGCCCAGCAGAAAUGCUUUUAGCUGUUCUCACACUUCAGGAACUGCCAGGUUUCAGAGGAACUGUUGAGUGCAGUUAUUGCCAGGGAAUUUUCCCCACCGUGCCUGUUCAGUCUCUCUUCUCAGCACCAUCUGUGCAGAUGUUCACCAUCUCUGAAGGACCCACACUUGUGCCAGCACUCUGCACUUCUGGAAUCCUACAAACUUACUCAAAUCACUUUGAUAUAAUAAUUUCUUCUCUCAGUCUUCUAUUGUACCCUUGUCAUCACAUAUAUUUUCAAGUUCAUGUAUUAUCACAUGAAACUGUUUGCUUUCCCUGAGCUCUGCUCAUCCUCCUUUUUAUCCUUUUCACCCCUCCUGCAGAUGCUGGCAAUCUACACUCACUGGAGCUGCUGCCACAUCUCCAGGGCUGCUCCUGCAGCCUGAUACCAUCUCACAGUGCCAAGAGCCAGAACACUAGCUGCAUUAUUACAUGCCAUGCACGGCAAGGUGUGAAAGUACACUAAUAUCCAAUGGUUUAUCUCUGGUAAAUUCAAUCACGUAUUGGAAAGCCAAGGCAGUACUAAACAUUUACAGAAUAGUAUAAAUGUUUAUUUCCUUUGUGAUUUAUCUGACUUUUAUUUUUACAAUAUAGAAAAGUGUAUUCUUUGAAUAGGUCUAGUAAAUAUAAAUUUAGUUUUUCUACUUUCAGAUGUAAACAGAACUACAAAAUGAACCCUUGUCCCAUUCCCAAUUAUUUUCACACAACUGCAUGAGCUUGACUGUCAAUCUUGUCCAGCAGUUUGAUGCAAAUGGCUAAGGAAGUACAAAACCCAAUCCGUACAUAUUAUACUAGUGAAAAGGGAAGAGAAGAAUCCCAGCUUAAUAUUGAAGAAAGCUUGCUCAAAACAAAAUUGAAAAACUAAGAGCUUUUUGAUUGCACCUUCAAAGUCUUUAGAAGCAAAAUAUUCUCAAGCAAUGCCAUCAUACAUAAUUACAACUGUAAUCUAAAUUUCACAAGUUUCUGCACACUGUAUAUAAAUACACAUCACAAAAGGUGCAAUUUAGAGAAAGACACAUAAUAUAUACAAAAUUAACAUGGAUUGAAGUCUAAACAAAAGAAGGCAUAUUGCAAUCUGUUUGAAAAAUAAUGUAAGUAGUUUUUACUUUAUUCACUUACACUAAUUUACAUUUAUACAAAUCUUACUGGACGUACUACAUUAGGUCACUAGAAGUAAACUGAAUAUCUGCACUAUGUAGGUUGCUCUGGAAGUAAUGCCUCAUUUAUUUCCACGUAAACUGCAACAAAGAGCACAGCAACAGUAUUCGAUAGAGCAAAUUCUCAGCUGCAACACACUUUUUCAGUCACCACUUUCAGCUACACGUUUUCACCAGCAAUGAACGAGAGCCCACAUGCCAUGCUCGUAAAAAUCUGCACCAGAGGUGACCUGCAGUCGCCACUGUUAAAAUGCACAACCACCACCUCACUGUGCUCACAUCCACUGCUUGGUCUCCAUCAACAUUCAGCAAGAGUUGGUGAAUGUCAACGGGUGCCAUUUUUUCUGCGUGGAGGAAUUCAGUGACACACCUUCUCCUCAUAUGUACCUGCGUGUCAGAUGCCCUUCUGUCAGACUGCCUCAACAGAAUGUUGGCAGGAAGGUUCAACCUCUCCUGCCAUGCCACUAACAUCCAUCUGCCUCUAACAUUGUGAGCUAGCGUAAUAAAAUAGGAGGCAUUACUUUCAGAGCAGCCCUUGUACAUGUAAGAAGUUAUUGUACUGACUUUUAAUAAACCCAAGUCUUAAUUACAGGAAAAAAAAAAACCAAAA